AUGGAAGCUCAACAGAAGCUUCAUGAAAAUCCGAGUAAUCCGGGAAAUAUAGCAGAGGAAUUGGAGGCUUCUCAAAAGUAUAAGAUCACUCAUCAAGAUUAUGUGGAGUUUCUUUCACAAAAAGCUAAGAUUAAGUGGAUCAAGGAUGGGGAUGAGAAUACAUCCUUGUUUCACCAGAGUAUUAGAUCCAGGAAACUUCAGAACAUGAUCUAUAGUAUAUAUGAUGAAAAUGGGAUAUGGGGGGGUCCUGUUAAUACAGAAGAACACAGAGUAAUAUUAAAUGCACCAUACACUAAGGCUGAGAACAAGAAGGCCUUCUUUUCUAUUCCAGGUUCCAAAGCUCCAGGCACAGAUGGCUAUAGGACUUACUUCUACAGAGAUACUUGGGAAGUCAUAGGAGAGGAUAUUGUUGCAGCUGUUCUGGACUCUCUUCAAAGUGGUAGAAUUUUGAAGGAGGUAAACACAACAGUAAUCACUUUAAUUCCUAAGAAUUCAUGUCCUAAGAAUGUUACAGAAUAUAGGCCUAUUUCAUGUUGUAAUACCCUCUAUAAAUGCAUAACUAAAGUCUUGUGUAAUAGGCUUAGAUUAGUGCUCCAUGACCUGAUUAUGGAAAACCAAGGAGGUUUUGUACAUGGUAGGAAUAUUAUUCAUAAUAUCAUGGUGAUACAAGACCUAACCAAACACUAUGGUAGGAAACAAACACAGCCAGGGUGCUUGUUAAAGAUUGAUUUGCAGAAAGCCUAUGAUACUGUUAAUUGGAAGUUCCUUGGAGAGAUGCUCGAAGCUCUAAGUUUUCCUUCACAGUUUAGGCAGCUGGUGAUGGAAUGUGUUACAACUCCCAAGUUCUCUUUGACGAUUGAUGGAGUGAUGAAGGGAUAUUUCAGUUCAUCUAGGGGAUUGAGACAAGGGGAUCAUAUCUCCCCCUUGCUCUUUGUGCUGUGUAUGGAAUAUUUGUCUCAAACAUUGACCAAAAUGGGAGAACUUGAACAGUUUCACUAUCAUGCCAGAUGGUUGCAGGCUAAUGUGUCUAAGUCUGCAAUAUAUACAUGUGGAAUGAGCCAGAGAGAGCAACAAAGAGUAGUGGAUGUUUCUGGUUUUACACAUCAACACUUAUCUUUCAAAUACCUGGGGGUGCCAAUCUAUGCAAAAAGGAUAAGUGUGAAUCAAUGUGAUGUACUAGUUGACAAGAUGAUAGCCAAGAUUAAAGUGUUCAUAUUGCCACAGCAGGUGCUUCACAUAAUCACACAAGUCUGUAGAUCAUUCCUCUGGAGUGGCCAAUACUUCACUCUUGAGGCUGGCAAUGUAGCUUGGGAGAAAAUUUGUACUCCUAAGAGUGCAGGAGGACUGGGAUUCAGGGAUAUUUUUAAGUGGAAUAUAGCAUGUCUUGGGAGAUAUGUAUGGGCUAUUUCUACUAAGCAAGAUAGUGUGUGGUUUAAAUGGGUGCAUUCAGUAUAUCUUAAAGGAGGAGACUGGUGGGAGUAUACCCCUAAUACAAGCUCUAGUUGGUAUUGGAGGAAAUUGUGCCAGGUGAAGGAGCAAUUGAAGCAAUCAUUCACACAAGCUGAGAUCAGAAACAUGAGGCAAUAUUCAGUGAAGCAUGUGUAUGAAGUACUGAUGGGUGAACAAGAGAGAGUUUACUGGGAUAGAGUCAUAUGGAAUAGGAUGAAUCUCCCAAAACAUAGGUUCAUUUCCUGGUCGGCUAUUCAGGGUAAAUUACAGACAACUGCAAAAUUGGUUGUGAUGGGUAUAAGUAACAGUGAUACAUGUCUGUUAUGUGGUAGUUAUAAAGAAGAUCAUUCACAUCACUUCUUUAAAUGCGUGCCAAUUCAGUCUAGCAUGUCUGAAAUAUGUUAA